AUGAUAGAUGGCGAAAAUUGCUCACAAGCUACCAAACACGAGCAGCAAAACACACAAAAAAUCUUUAACGAUGAGAACGAUAAGAAGCGAAUUAUAGGAAGAGAAAUUGACUUGAUUGUUGCCAACUGUGGGGUUGAGCUAAGUAGCUCUGAAUGGAAGAGAGAUCAAACCGCCGACAGCACGAUAGAACAGCAACAUGUCAAAAAUAUUCGAUCCAACGUUGUGAUGCUGAAGAGAAUGUUGGAUAUUUGCCAAGAUGAUAGUCGCAUAUCUGUAGUUGGAAUGGAAUGGCUUGGCUUUGUAGGCUGUGCCUAUAGCAUUGAAAAACUUCAGGAUGUCUUCUUGAUGAACGACGCUGGUGCUCUCAUUGUACCUAGUAGUCUUGCAAACCUUGAUUCUAUUGUGGAUACGUUGGAUCUUCUGUUUAGAUUGAAGAGUCAUUAUCUGAAUGUGGCUGCAAUCAUCGAACCUGCCGUUGAGAGUAUUAGUGUCUCAAAACAACUGAACAAGCUACGAUCCGCAUCUGAAAUGGAGGGCAGUGACACCAACCCUAUAUUCUUCACGUCAACCACUACGGCCCAACUGAUGUUCUCACAGAACAUCGAUGCGCUCUUUUGGGAACAUCGAUGUUCUCAUGAGCACAUUGAUGUUCUCAUUUGA